AUGCCUGAGCUGGGGAAGUCCGCUCUGGCCCCGAAAAAGGGCUCUAAGAAGGCGGUGACCAAAGCGCAGAAGAAGGAUGGCAAGAAACGGAAGCGCAGCCGUAAAGAAAGCUAUUCCGUAUACGUGUACAAGGUGCUGAAGCAGGUCCAUCCGGACACUGGGAUCUCGUCUAAGGCCAUGGGCAUCAUGAACUCGUUCGUUAACGACAUUUUCGAGCGCAUCGCGGGCGAGGCGUCGCGCCUGGCGCACUACAACAAGCGCUCGACCAUCACGUCCAGGGAGAUUCAGACGGCCGUACGCCUGCUGUUGCCCGGGGAGCUGGCCAAGCACGCCGUGUCCGAGGGUACCAAGGCUGUCACCAAGUACACCAGCGCAAAGUAA